AUGAGUUUUAAUGCGAGAGAAUUCCGCAAGUCCAAUAAAACGCAGAACAAGAACAAAUCAGUGGCGACGAGCCACCCCCUUUCAGAAAAUGACCGUCCAGACAAAAUUUCAUACAAUUUCCAAGUCCUUUCAAAUAGCAUAAAUACUAUGCUUUCAUAUAACAUUCACGUAGUAUUGACAUACAUCGGGGGAGACGGGGGUGGGGCAGGCGUCCCCACGGAAGCGGCAUUAAAACUUUUGAGUGAUUUUGCUCAGUCAAACGCGGCAAGACGGCGAGGUCCGGUCGGACGUCCAGUGGCAGUGCAUAUGCGUUGGGAAAAUGGCGGACAACGUUUUAAUUAA